AUGGAUACAUACACAUUCGCAACAUCGCCUCAGAUCGAUUUUCCAGUCUGUGUGAAGAUUAAUACCCUGGAAGGCAGACAGACUCCGGUUCCGUAUUCUAUCUUGCUCAAACAUCCGGAGAUCCGCCACAUAGGCUCAGUUCAAAGUCCUACUUCAGAGCUCUACGUAACCGCUCAAAUAUGGGCCGAAUCCAAGCCGUUGGGAGUAUCUAUGCAAACACCCCAUAUCUUUUUUAAGAACAGCCGAACUUGGAACAAGUGGCUGGAACUUCCGGUACAGAUCAAGGACUGUCCAAUUUCCUCACAAAUCGCCAUUACUAUCUGGGACAUUUCUCCAUGCCCGAACAACGGUAGCAUCGACCACAGUGUGCCAUUUGGGGGAACCACGAUUCCUCUGUUCGACAAUGACGGUACUCUACGGAAAGGUCGGCAAAAGUGUAAAGUCUAUCGACACAAAGUUGCUGAUGGUCAACUCCCCUCAAGUACUCCGCAUAUUCUGAAACCGAAAAGACGAAAACGAAAUGAGGAACUCCCUCCCGUCAUUCCAGAGGAAGAGGAACUCGAAAGACUUGAGCAGCUUUUCAAGAAACAUGAAAUGAAUGAGAUCCCACAAAACGACUGGCUUGAUCAAUUGGUUUUCCAGACAGUGGGCAAGAAAGCACGGGAAGUGGAUGAAGCGGCGAGGAAACGCUCCGCCCUGAACAAGGCUUCCAAACGAAAAGCGUCUGAGGCCGAAUCGAGAGGCAUUCAGAAUGGAGUUGUCGAUGGCCAGGCCGAGUCGGAUCAAGAAAGUGGUCCAGAUGACGAGACGGAUGAUGAGCACUUUACCCUGUACAUUGAUUUUCCGCGAUGGGACUUUCCGGUCAUUUUCGAGGACCAUCAAUAUGAACCUUCAAAAUUGAUGAAAGAGUUUCAAAGCACCCCUUCGGCCUCUCUUGUCGGAGCAAAACCUCCACCCGAAGUCCGAUAUGGUCCUGGCAUAGCAGCCAGGACAUCAGUUGUCGAUGACGAGGAUUAUCCUCUCGUCCAAAUUUUCGACCCCGAACAGUUCCAGCGGGAAAAUCCCUGCGAAACCAAACAUCGCCGUCUCGUCCGCAGCGACAGAAAUGCGUAUUUCGACAGUGACCAGAAGCCGAAUGCGAAAUUGAGGGACGAACUCAACGAGAUUCUCUCCUAUGGACCUACUCAAGAGCUGAGUCCACAAGAGAAGGAUGUCGUUUGGACGUUCCGACGUCAUUUGAGUCGUGACAAACGGGCUCUGACGAAAGUGGUCAAAGCUACAGACUGGAGCAAUCCGAACGAAGCUCGACAAAUGGCAGAGCUGAUUCCGAGAUGGGCCAAAAUCGACGUCGAUUCGGCUCUGGAACUUCUUGGUCCCACGUAUGACAGCCCUGUUGUUCGAGCCUAUGCCGUCGACCGACUCCGGCAAGCCGGUGAUGCUGAGCUACAGCUGUAUCUUCUUCAACUUGUUCAAGCCUUGAAGUUUGAGAAGCACGAUAAGCAGGAGGAAGGCCUGCCGGCUUCAUCCUUGGCGAAAUUUCUCAUUGACCGUGCUGUGAACAACUUUAUCCUGGGGAAUUAUUUGCACUGGUUUUUGAUGGUUGAGUGCGACGACCAGGGUCCGGAUUCCAACGCCGCAAAUCGAAAACUGUUUGCUAGAGUGGAGUACUAUUUCAUGGUGGAGCUGGAGGAGCGUGAUCCGGAGCAGCGCAAAACGUUGUUGAGACAAGCUGAAAUGAUCGCGGUUCUAUCAAGAAUCAGCAAGGAAGUUGGAUUCAGUCGGAGCAAUCGGAUACACAAGAUCGAGUUACUCAAGAAAUACCUGGCCGAUCCCAAGAACGACCUGAUCAAAAUCGAACCCCCAAUCCCUCUACCCCUGGACCCAGAGAUCGAGGUAAGCGGGAUUUAUCCCGAAGAAGCCAGUGUUUUCAAAUCAUCGUUGUCGCCGUUGCUUCUUAAUUUCAAAAUUGCCGGCAAAACCGAUGGUUCAAGCUCUUCGGCACCGGGUCGACCACAAUCUCGGGGGAAAUAUCCCAUUAUUUUUAAGACCGGAGACGACCUCCGACAAGACCAGCUGGUCAUACAGAUUAUCACGUUAAUGAACAACCUGCUUCUCAAGGAAAAUCUUGAUCUCAAACUUACCCCUUAUCGCAUUCUCGCCACCUCGCCGUCCGCCGGGGCCGUUCAAUUUAUUCCAUCAACAGCGAUUUCGGCCAUCUCUGCAAAAUACAAGGGAUCCGUGCUCGCCUAUCUACGGGCCAACAAUCCUGAUGCGUCGGGGCCUCUCGGGGUCCGCAAAGAGGCCAUGGACACCUAUAUCAGAUCAUGUGCUGGAUACUGCGUAAUCACUUACAUUCUCGGUGUGGGUGAUCGUCAUCUCGACAAUCUCCUCCUCCAACCGUCCGGACACUUCUUCCACAUCGACUUUGGCUUCAUCCUCGGACGUGAUCCGAAACCCUUUGCUCCCCUUAUCAAACUCUGCAAAGAGAUGGUGGAAGGUCUAGGCGGAACAACAUCUCCGCAAUAUGCUCAGUUCAAGCAACAUUGUUUCACCGCAUAUACAACCCUGCGCAAAUCCAGUUCUCUGGUCUUGAAUCUAUUCAGUUUGAUGGUGCAGAGCUCGGUCCAGGAUGUCAGGCUGGUAGAAGAGCAGAUGGGAGGUAUUGGAGGUGCUGUGGGCAAAGUGAGAGAGAGGUUUAAUCUCGAUGUCAGUGAAGAAGAGGCUGUAAGGUUGUUGGAUCAGGUGUUGGCUGACAGUGUCAACGCUGUGUUUGGGGUGGUCAUUGAUCGACUGCAUGAGUUUGUUCAGGGCUGGAGAGCUUGA